AUGAAGUGCCUCAAGGCAGUCUCUUCAGCCGCACGCCGUGAGCCGCCCACGCCCGAGGCGCUGCUGCGCGUCCUCGGCGAGCUCAUUCAGCGUCAGGGCGUCGUGGCCCAAGCCCCAACGCGCUGGGCAUCGCGCGAGGAGGCGGACAAGCUGGCAAAGCAGGUGGUCGAUUGGCUCGAACUGCUGCCGCCCGAGACCAUCGAGGCGCUCGUUGUGGCCGCAAGCUCUACUGCAGCGCCUCCGGCGCACGCACCCGUCACGUAUGCGUCACUUCAACUCGCACUGCGCGCCUACAGCGACCAGCUCACCGACGGGCAGACGCGCUCGCCCAGCGAUCGCUGUCGGCACAGCGCAGACGCGCUGAUGAUCAUCAACAGCUUCGGUCCUCCCGCCCUGCUCGUCGCGGGCGCACCCGAACCGCAACCAGAGCGGCUCGGCAUGACGGACGGCGAGGCGGUGGCCGCGUUCGAGCCGAUGAAGAAUGUGCAGUCGCUGCCCACGAUCGCUCCCUCCAAGCUGCCCGCCAGAUACGGGCGUGCGCGCAUCGAUUUGGUCACCGACGACGACAUGGGCGUUGAGGAAGAGGAGGGCGACGAGACAGAGGAGGGCGAGGAGCCGCGGUCGCUGCUCGACGACGCGCAGAUGGAGUGCAGUGCUGAGAUGGAGCAGGAGAUUGCCGAGGGCCUCGCAACUGCUACCACGCGUAGCAAGAAGAUCACCAUCAAGGCGGACUCGUCGCUGGCCGACUGCAUGUCGCUGUUUGUCAAGACAAAGGCGACGCUGUCCAAGCCGGUCGGCACAUACCAGGACGACCACUCGUUCUGGACGCUGUGCGCAGGCGCCGCCUCGAAGAGCUACGACGAUCUGUCGUUUCAGAACUUUCUGCAGCAGGCGAUCGAGAAGAUCCUCGUCCCGGGCCUCGACCAGCUGCCGCCAUUCCGAUCGAUCGCCGAGGCUUUGGAGAAGCACCUGACUGCCGACGCCGUCCACCACGCAAUCAUGGCGUACAGAAAGCUGGCGACGGUGAAGAACUCCGACCGAGCCGAGGCAAGGCAGACUGCGCGCAAGAUUCAUCGUCGCUACCGCCGCGCAUGUGCGCACGACGACGUCUCCGAGAGCAGUGGUGAUGAUGAGGAGGGCGAUGAGCUAGCAGAGCCGAGUCAGGAGGCAGCCACGCGCGAGCUCAGAACCGACCAGGUCCAGGACGAGGAGGCGAGGGCGAUGCAGGCGAUGCUCGACGGCUGCACAGACGAUGUGUCUCAGGUGCAUCUCGAAGCAAUCGGACGUGCCGCCGAGGUUGCGUGGCGCCGCGAAACUGCGAGCAGCGAGAGAACGUAUGCCCGCGGCAAGGCGGCGCUCGAAGCUAGGCCGGCGCCCAGCAACUGGCCCGCCAAGCCGUCGCACCGCACGGAGCUGCGCAAGUUCAUCAACGGCAUCAAGCAGCAUGACCGCGACAAGGCCCUGCGCCAGCAUUUGGUCGACUUUGGGCGGGCGCGCGUCAUGCAGCGCAUCGCUAACGACGACGCCGAGGAGGCUCGCACACGGACGCAGACGUACCUGGCCGAGGUCAAGGCGUACCAGGAAGUCGCCGCCGAGAUCAAGCGCAGGCUCGACAACCAGGUGCGGGCGCUCGAGAUCGAAGGCUUUGCGUUGCAGGCAGACGGCAAGGUGGCGAGGAACAAGGGCGCGCAGGCGGGAGAAAGCAAGGGCGCCGCGGAGGGCAAGAAAGAUGCGGGCACGUCGCAGGACACUAGGGCCGGGCGCAAGACAGGCGCCGACGGCCAGGCUCGUUUGCCGUCGCGCUCGCCCAGCGACAGCGGCAGUCGCCGCGCCGCGUCCUCGGCCGACACGCACAUGCGCAGUGCCAGCGAGCAGAGCCGCGAGGCCAGUGCGGACGGUGUGGACAUGUUCAGCGGCGACUCGGAGCCGGCGUCCAGCGGCGCAGCGCAGCGCCCCGACACUUCGCAGCGUGGCGACGCUGAGCAGCCGGCAUCCAAAUCUCGCAUGUUCGUGUCGGCCGUGCAGAUGAUGCAGAGCGGCCGCGGACGCUCGAGCCCGCGCAAGCGCCUGUCAAAGGUGUCGAAGCGCGCCUCAGCACCGCAAGAGCCUCAGUCCCGCGAGUCGCCAAGCGAGGACAAGCAGGAGCCGCUGCGGGCACGCGAGCGAUCAAAAGGCCCCCAGGCCCGGCGCGACGAGCUCAACAAGCGCUACUUCGAUCGCUCCAUUCGGUGUGCAACGGAGUGCAACUGUUUAUUCAAUCUCGAACCGGCGCUCAAGAACGACGUGCAUGCAAUGCGACUCGCGCAGGACGCCAACAAGGUCCAUCUCUCCGGCCAAGUCCUCGACACGGUCGUCGACAACACCGCUCGCUGGACCAGUGACCUGCGGACUCUUCUCAAAGACUUCAUCACGGUGCCGGGUGAUGGCUGGUGUGGCUACUCGGCGUGCGAGCCCGAUGCCACCCUCGACGACAUCGACGUGGCCAUCGCCGGUCGGGAGCGCCGAGUCGCACUUCACAAGGCGCUCCUGGAAGAGCCCGGACGAUUCGGCGUGCUCUUUCCGGCGGGCAAGAGCGACGUGGCCCCAUUCAUGCUGACUGAGGCGGUCAAGUCGACGUGCCCGAAGUGCGGGCCAUUCUGCUUUUGGCUCGAGACAGAGCUACACUUUGACGGCAAUGCGCUCGGUCCCUUUUACAGCGAGUAUGUCCACACUCCGCUUCUCGUUCUGCAAGAGGACCCCGGCAGCGCAGAAGUGACGGGCAAUCUCCACUUGCCUUACACAACAUGCGACAGCAUCAAGCCUCGAGUCAUCGUCCACACUGCGGCGGGUGAUCACUUCCAGUUUGGCGUUCUACGAGACGAGAUCACGCUCAAGGACCUUCCGGCCGCAUUGGACUGGUGGGUCAAGCUUGCCAGUGCCGCUAAUCUGGAUGCGUGGCGCAAGCUGGGCGACAAGGUCAAUCGCAAGCAGAUCCUCGAUGCGAGCGCGCCACCGAACACGUCUGGCUUUGAGGUGGGGGACAGCUCGGAAGAGGAGGAGGGAGCCGCCAUGGGAGCCGCCAUGUCUGGCUCGGGCCCGAGCCAGUUUGAUCUCGUUCAGACGUCAACACCGGCGAGAGCCACCGCCAAGUCCCGACCCAAGCCGCCGCCCGGCCUCGUGUCGCGUGUGCCGCAGCCACCGGCCCGCUCAAGCAGCCUGCCUCAGGGCCACCGCCACGCGCCUCCUCAGGUCCCUUCGCCGCUGCCUGACGCGCGUUUCGCAGGCAGCGGCGCCCAGGGCAAUCCCCGGCCAGCCGCAAGCAGCGUCAUGAGCGUGACAAGCCUGUUGAGCCAGAGCCCGCAGGAUCUCACGGCGUGCCUGCCUCAGAGAAUGCCGAUCCAUCGUCACCAGGCGCCGGACACCUCGGACAGCGACGAUCACAGCGGCGGCGCGGUUGGCGACACUUUGCACGAAAGCGAGGCGUCAGCCGUAGACGCCGCAUCAGGCAGCGAACUGGGCAGUCCGGUCAAGCACAUGACAGCUCUUCGCCUCGGCGACGCGCACAGCUCUCUUGCUAGCCGCAGCGCGGACUCGCUGCCCUCUGGCGGCUCGCCCAAGCGACCGCACGACUCGCUGCCGCAGGAGGAUGAGCAGCCGCCACGGCAAAUGGUGCGCACGCAGGGCCGCGGGCGCGGCCGCACGAUCGGCCAGAGCUCGCCUGAGCUGCGUCGCAGCAAGCGUAGCUCUCAGGCAGCGAGUGACGACAGAACUUGA